AUGACGCGAUUCAUACUCAGCAACAAUUAUUUUAGGCCAAAUCACCAGAAAGGGUUUCUACCCGGGAUUUCUGGAUGCCUAGAACACAACACCUUGCUGUCGGAGAGUUUGAAAGAUGCUAGAAAAAGCGAGCGGCAAAUUACAGUUUGUUGGAUAGACUUAGAGAACGCGUUCGGGUCGAUACAACACGAGUUGAUGCUAUUCGCGCUUAGAUGGUAUAACUUUCCACCCUUAGUUAGCGAUAUGAUUGCGUCGUAUUACUCAAAAUUAAAGUUUUCUAUUAUAACUAAAGAAGGCCCUUCAAAAAGUUUGAGUUACAAUGUAGGACUAUUCCAAGGGUGCUGUUUAUCUCCAAUAGUAUUUAAUAUUGUAAUCAAUAUCCUAGUAGAUAUACUUAUCAGCAAUGAGAAAAAAUGGGGGUAUCGGUUUAAGUUCAAUAACAAAUACACGGAAUCCAUUUUAGCCUUCGCUGACGAUCUCGCAAUACUGACACGUCACCCCAAACACUGUCAAGUACUAUUGGAUGAAGUGGAUAAAUUCUGUGAGUGGACGGAUGGAUUGAGGACAAAACCAAGUAAAUGUCACUGUCUGUGUCUUGGUAGGCGGAAUACAAGAUACACCUCAUACGAUCCGGGACUAUCGAUAGGCGGUCAAUGCGUUUCUACGGUUACGGAAAAUGCACCAUUCAAGUUUCUCGGUCGUAAGAUUGAUAAUAUAGGUCGUACUCCAUCUUUAGAAGGAAUAGUAGAUAGCUUUUUAAAUGAUCUCAACAAGGUAGAUAGCCAGCAGAUCAGUAACGUAAAAAAAGCAUGGAUCUACGAUAAUUACUUAACUUCACGUUUGAAUUGGCCUUUCCUCGUCUAUGAUUUUAGUAAAACCCUUUUAUCUAAAUUAGAUGCAGGCGUCAUAAAGAUGUUGAAGUUGUGGCUCGGGGUCGCGCUAACGGCUGACUCAUCGGCUUUAUUCAGGGAUCGUAAUAGUUUUGGGAUGAAUCUAAAAAGACCAUCGGAGCUCUACAAACACCUAAGAGUUUCCAAGAGACAUAUCCUGGGAAAAUCCCAUGAUGACGUCGUUACAUCACUCCCAAAAGACAAUGAUGCCCCAGAGCUAGAGUCACGACUUCAAUUCCAUAAACAAUUUAUGAUCGGAGCGCAAAAUAACAGAGUAGGGUUAGGAUCAAGUAGGAAAGUCCAAGAUACGGAUAUAUUGAAGUCUUUUAUUCGGCAAGACGAGAACGAUAAAUACAAGAUCCAUGCAAUGAGUUUAGAAAUGCAGAACGAUUGGUUAGACAUAGGAGAUUUUUGCAUUCCACUAGCACUAAAAUGGCGCACCCUAAUUCAUGACUGGUCGCCAGCCUUGCUAAAAUUUUAUCUCAAUGCGUUCCAGAUGACUCUCCCAGAUCAGAGUAAUUUAGUAAGAUGGGGUAAAGGUACCGAAAAAACUUGCUAUAUCUGCGGAAAGGCAGUUGGAACUGCCAAGCAUUUGCUGGUGGGAUGUAAGGUUCUCCUGGACAGCGGUCAAUACUCGCGUCGUCACGAUAGGGUUUUAGAGAUCAUACGUGAAGCGGUUAGUCUUUCGGUAGCCAGAGCGCAAAGGGAAAUAACCACAAACGAGCGAUCAAUAGGUUUUGUGAGAGAGGGCACCAGGGCUAUAAAAUCAAACGUCAAGCCUUACUCUAUCCUUAAAGCGGCUUCGGAUUGGACUAUCAUGAUGGAUACGUAUGAGAAACAAUACAAAAUCCCCGAGGAUAUUUGUGCGUCGGCCUCCAGACCAGACAUAUUUCUAUAUUCGCGUAUUUUAAAGCGCGUUGUGAUGAUAGAGCUUACGGUGCCUUGGGAAACCAACAUCCCCAAAGACCAUGCCAUCAAGGUCAAUAAGUAUUACGAGCUCACUAACGAACUAACUCGAAAUAGGUUCGUCGUUGAUUUGUACGCGGUAGAGGUGGGAGCGAGAGGUGUAACAGCUAAAUCUCUCUAUAACCUACUAAAAGACUUGGGCCUGUCCAGAACUAACAUUAAUUCAUUCUUAGAACGUACGUCGAAGGCAGCCCUAGUAGGUUCUUUUCAAAUUUGGUUAGGUAGGGAGAGGAACUUGGACAGUGGAGUCCGAGAGGGGGGGCGGAAGAUCUGUCCACCGGUCGAUUUAAACGGCGAAAACGGCGCGAAUACGGACUUGAAAUGCCCUACGUGCGGGAAAAAUUACAAGAGACGAGCCUGGUACAUUAAACACCUAAAAACACAUAAUGGUGUUGAAGCGCGACAAUCGUUGGUAAGUUCUUCAAUUAUCACUUCGGAUAGAGUUGACCCUCACGUAUCCCAUGGUGAACCAUUAACUGGAAACCACCAGGAGUCCAUUAACAUCCGGACACGUCUUAGCAUUCCUAACAUGAAACAAUCGACUUGGAAAGUUCACGACGACAAUUUAGCGGUCCUGUUAGAGCAUCCGGGCUCGAAGCAGGAAUUGAACUCGCAGGUAGAAACUUUCCAAAAUACCGUUUAUGACUACUUCAACGAGCAAUAUCCACCACGUAAUCAUUACGCUCGCAAAAAUAAAGAAAAUUCGUUCAAGAUAAAAAUGAGGAAGAAAAAACGGGAAUUAAUAAAAAAUCUACGUAUAGCCAAAGCUCUAGGCGACAACCACCUUAGUCAUCAGCUAGCUAGGGCGUUAAGGUCAAUCCUUAAAUUAAUUCAAGGAAUAUCGGCACAAACUGCAGAAUAUCGCGGUAAUUUUGACCGGGCCAAACAGGAAGUAGAUUUUGAUAAAAACCCUUUUGAGUAUUCGAAAACCAUUUUUAAGAAAGAACGCGGACAGCUUCUCUUGACCAACGAUCAAAUUUACGACCAUUUCAAGAGCACAUACGAAGUGCCUAAAAGUGUAAGGCUCUAUACGGAUCCAAACGAACAAAAACCGGAAAUUCCUCAUAUCGAUUUUCACGGCAUACCACCAACGUUAGACGAAAUAAGUAGUCACAUAAAGAGGAAAUCAUCUAAAUCUGUACCGGGCCCCGAUGGUAUCCCAUAUAUAGUCUUUAAAAAAUGUCCAUCGGUUCGUAAACACCUCAUAAAUAUAUACGGCAAAAUCUGGUCAAGGAAGCAAAACCCGGAGUGUUUCGGGAAAGCAAUGUUUGUCCUCAUUCCCAAAAAAGAUCGAGUUACCGAUCCGAAAGAUACUAGACCGAUAGCCUUAACAAAUACAAUAUCUAAAAUCUUUUUCUCGGUCCUACAAACGAGAAUGACGCGAUUCAUGCUCAGCAACAAUUAUUUUAGGCCAAAUCACCAGAAAGGGUUUCUACCCGGGAUUUCUGGAUGCCUAGAACACAACACCUUGCUGUCGGAGAGUUUGAAAGAUGCUAGAAAAAGCGAGCGGCAAAUUACAGUUUGUUGGAUAGACUUAGAGAACGCGUUCGGGUCGAUACAACACGAGUUGAUGCUAUUCGCGCUUAGAUGGUAUAACUUUCCACCCUUAGUUAGCGAUAUGAUUGCGUCGUAUUACUCAAAAUUAAAGUUUUCUAUUAUAACUAAAGAAGGCCCUUCAAAAAGUUUGAGUUACAAUGUAGGACUAUUCCAAGGGUGCUGUUUAUCUCCAAUAGUAUUUAAUAUUGUAAUCAAUAUCCUAGUAGAUAAACUUAUCAGCAAUGAGAAAAAAUGGGGGUAUCGGUUUAAGUUCAAUAACAAAUACACGGAAUCCAUUUUAGCCUUCGCUGACGAUCUCGCAAUACUGACACGUCACCCCAAACACUGUCAAGUACUAUUGGAUGAAGUGGAUAAAUUCUGUGAGUGGACGGAUGGAUUGAGGACAAAACCAAGUAAAUGUCACUGUCUGUGUCUUGGUAGGCGGAAUACAAGAUACACCUCAUACGAUCCGGGACUAUCGAUAGGCGGUCAAUGCGUUUCUACGGUUACGGAAAAUGCACCAUUCAAGUUUCUCGGUCGUAAGAUUGAUAAUAUAGGUCGUACUCCAUCUUUAGAAGGAAUAGUAGAUAGCUUUUUAAAUGAUCUCAACAAGGUAGAUAGCCAGCAGAUCAGUAACGUAAAAAAAGCAUGGAUCUACGAUAAUUACUUAACUUCACGUUUGAAUUGGCCUUUCCUCGUCUAUGAUUUUAGUAAAACCCUUUUAUCUAAAUUAGAUGCAGGCGUCAUAAAGAUGUUGAAGUUGUGGCUCGGGCUCGCGCUAACGGCUGACUCAUCGGCUUUAUUCAGGGAUCGUAAUAGUUUUGGGAUGAAUCUAAAAAGACCAUCGGAGCUCUACAAACACCUAAGAGUUUCCAAGAGACAUAUCCUGGGAAAAUCCCAUGAUGACGUCGUUACAUCACUCCCAAAAGACAAUGAUGCCCCAGAGCUAGAGUCACGACUUCAAUUCCAUAAACAAUUUAUGAUCGGAGCGCAAAAUAACAGAGUAGGGUUAGGAUCAAGUAGGAAAGUCCAAGAUACGGAUAUAUUGAAGUCUUUUAUUCGGCAAGACGAGAACGAUAAAUACAAGAUCCAUGCAAUGAGUUUAGAAAUGCAGAACGAUUGGUUAGACAUAGGAGAUUUUUGCAUUCCACUAGCACUAAAAUGGCGCACCCUAAUUCAUGACUGGUCGCCAGCCUUGCUAAAAUUUUAUCUCAAUGCGUUCCAGAUGACUCUCCCAGAUCAGAGUAAUUUAGUAAGAUGGGGUAAAGGUACCGAAAAAACUUGCUAUAUCUGCGGAAAGGCAGUUGGAACUGCCAAGCAUUUGCUGGUGGGAUGUAAGGUUCUCCUGGACAGCGGUCAAUACUCGCGUCGUCACGAUAGGGUUUUAGAGAUCAUACGUUUUGUGAGAGAGGGCACCAGGGCUAUAAAAUCAAACGUCAAGCCUUACUCUAUCCUUAAAGCGGCUUCGGAUUGGACUAUCAUGAUGGAUACGUAUGAGAAACAAUACAAAAUCCCCGAGGAUAUUUGUGCGUCGGCCUCCAGACCAGACAUAUUUCUAUAUUCGCGUAUUUUAAAGCGCGUUGUGAUGAUAGAGCUUACGGUGCCUUGGGAAACCAACAUCCCCAAAGACCAUGCCAUCAAGGUCAAUAAGUAUUACGAGCUCACUAACGAACUAACUCGAAAUAGGUUCGUCGUUGAUUUGUACGCGGUAGAGAUUGGUAUGAUCUAA